UGAUGUUUUCCAGCCCAGAGUUCUGCUGCACAGAUUAGUGCUGCCAGCAGAUGUUAAAGAAGAGGCUCCUGAAGAACAGAGUCCUGAUGUGGAUCAGCAGGAGCCAGAGUCCCUCCAGAUAAAGGAGGAACAGGAGGAACUCUGGACCAGUCAGGAAGGAGAGCAGCUCACUGUGAAGGAGGAGACUGAUACCAGGUUUCCAUUAACUGCAGCUCCUAUCAAGAAUGUUAAAGAAGAGGCUCCUGAAGAACAGAGUCCUGAUAUGGACCAGCAGGAGCUGGAGCUCCUCCACAUAAAGGAGGAAAGUGAAAGAAUCUGGGCCAGCCAGCAUGGAGAACAACUGAAUGUGAAGAAGGAGACUGAUUAUACCAGGUUUCCAUUAACUGUUGUUAAUAUGAAAAGUGAAGAGGAUGAGAAGAAACCUCUGUUCUCUCAGCUUCAUCAACAGCAAACAGAAGAUAGAGAUCUUCCAAGCAGCAGCUCAGCUGACCAGAUAAAAGCAGAAAUUAAAGUAGAGGACUGUGGAACAGCAGAAUCCAGCAGGAACCCAGAUCUAAAUACUGAUGGAGGCUCUUCCAACUAUUCACUGACUAAAGACAGUGAAGAUGAUGAAGAGGAUGAUGAUGUGAAGCGUCAUGAAUCUGAGCUUAAAUGCUUGUCAGACUCUGAAACUGAAGACAGUGAGGAUGAUUGGAAGGAGAGCCGGGCUCCAGGGUCAGGCAGAAACACUGUCAACAAAUCUUUGAGCUGCUCUGAGUGUGGAGGAAAAUUUGCUAACAGACGCACUCUUCAGAGUCACAUGACAUGUCAUCCAAGAUUAACGUCUUCAGAUUGUUCUGGUAGUGAGACGUGUUUUGGAGAGAAGAAAAUAAUGGAUUUACUGACAAAAGUCCAGAUGACAAGUAAAAAUUUUAACUGUGGUGAGUGUGAUAAACGUUUUAACAGGAAACAUGAUUUAAAAAGACACAUGACAGUACACACAGGAGACAAACCCUUUAAUUGUGAUGCUUGUCAGAAAAGCUUUUACCAAAAAUCAACUUUGAACAAGCACAUAAAAACCCACAAAGAGAAGUCCAUUGGUUGUAACACUUGUGGAAAAAGAUUUGCCUACAAGUCAGUUUUAAGGACCCACUUGAGAAUCCACACAGGAGACAAACCCUUUGGUUGUGAUGCAUGUGGAAAGAGAUAUAAACAAAAGUCACAUUUAAACAUACACAUGAGAAUCCACACAGGAGAGAAUCCCUUUGUUUGUGAUGUUUGUGGAAAAAGAUUUGCUUACAAGUCAGUUUUAAGGACCCAUGUGAGAAUCCACACAGGGGACAAACCCUUUGGUUGUGAUGCAUGUGGAAAGAGAUUUAAACAAAAGUCACAUUUAAACAUACACAUGAGAAUCCACACAGGAGAGAAUCCCUUUAGGUGUGAUGUUUGUGGAAAAAGAUUUGCCUACAAGUCAGUUUUAAGGACCCACGUGAGAAUCCACACAGGAGACGAACCCUUUGGUUGUGAUGCAUGUGGAAAGAGAUAUAAACAAAAGUCACAUUUAAACAUACACAUGAGAAUCCACACAGGAGAGAAUCCCUUUGUUUGUGAUGUUUGUGGAAAAAGAUUUGCUUACAAGUCAGUUUUAAGGAGCCACGUGAGAAUCCACACAGGAGACAAACCCUUUGGUUGUGAUGCAUGUGGAAAGAGAUUUAAACAAAAGUCACAUUUAAACAUACACAUGAGAAUCCACACAGGAGAGAAUCCCUUUAGGUGUGAUGUUUGUGGAAAAAGAUUUGCCUACAAGUCAGUUUUAAGGACCCACGUGAGAAUCCACACAGGAGACGAACCCUUUGGUUGUGAUUCAUGUGGAAAGAGAUUUAAACAAAAGUCACAUUUAAACAUACACAUGAAAACCCACACAGGAGAGAAUCCAUUUAGUUGUGAUGUUUGUGGGAAAAGAUUCGCCUACAAGUCACUUUUAAACAGACACAUGAAUAUCCACACAGAAGUCAAACCCUUUGGUUGUGAUGCAUGUGGAAAGAGAUUUAAACAAAAGUCACAUUUAAACAUACACAUAAAAACCCACACAGGAGAGAAUCCAUUUGGUUGUGAUGUUUGUGGAAAAAGAUUUGCCUACAAGUCAGUUUUAAGGACCCAUGUGAGAACCCACACAGGAGAGAAUCCCUUUAGUUGUGAUGCAUGUGGAAAAAGAUUUUCCUGGAAGUCAGAUUUGAAUAUUCACAUGAGAAUCCACACAGGAGACAAACCCUUUAGUUGUGAUGUUUGUGGAAAAAGAUUUGCCUGGAAAUCAGCUUUAACCAGACACGUGAGAAUCCACACAGGCGACAAACCCUUUGGUUGUGAUGUAUGUGGAAAAACAUUUGCCAGGAAGUCCAAUUUAGACGAACACAUGAGAAUCCACACAGGAGACAAACCCUUCGGUUGUGAUGCAUGUGGAAAAACAUUUGCCUGGAAGUCCAAUUUAGACGUACACAUGAGAAUCCACACAGGCGGAAGAAGCCCUUUGGUUGAGAUGCUUGUGUAAUAAGAUUAUACGAAAAGUCAAAUUUAAACCCACACAUGAUAACUCACAGAGGAACUAAACCCUCAAGCUGUGAUGCUUGUGCAAGUCAUCUUUAAACGUACACAGAAGAACAGACAAUGGAGAGAAACCUUUUGAAUGUGAUGAAUGUUGUAAAAACUUGACUUUUUAUGUCAGAUCUAAACCAGCACACUAGAAUUUACAGAAAACGUAAGGUCAUUGCUGGUUAUGAUUGUGGACAAGAUUUAAGCACAAUUUAUGCCCUUUAUCAUAUAUUGGGCGCGAGUGUGGCUGACAUGGUAGUAGUUUGUCCUUUAACUGGAGGGUUCCUGAACCCCCGCUCUGUCAGUCUCAGUCAUUGUGUCCGUGGGCAAGACACUUCAUUCAGACUCGCUUCUGUCAGUCUGCCCCGGGGCAGCAAUGGCUACAAUGUAGCUCACCACUGUAAGUGUGUGAAUGGGUGUGUGAAUGGGUGGAUGACUGAUUGUAGUGUACAGCACUUUGGGGUCCUCUGACUUGAUAAAGUGCUAUACAAGUGCAGACCAAUUACCAAAUAGCAGCAAUAAACAUGCAGCAUGAAGUUAUGGAUAACUUUGUCCGUUCAAAGCUUCUCUUAACUACUCUGGUCUCCUUAGUCGGUAUUGUUUUUGGCCUGCUUAUAGAGGGGCGAGGUACCAGUCCCCUCUGGUGUGGGCUUCUUCAUUUGGUCUGACCCAGCUUUCUCGGUUGUGGUUGCUGCUGUUGUAUGUGCAAAAUGUCUUGAUGGACACACAAAUGUCCUCACCAAAACUGGUUUAUGAUGUCAUUGUGUCAAUGAAUUUGUUGAGGUCAGUGGCUGCAGCUUAAAAAAACACUCCAAUCUGUCCAUUCAAAGCAGGCCUGUACCUUCUGAGUUGAUUACUCUGUCCACUUCCUUAUAGUUCUCACCACAGGCUUACAAGUUCAUAAUUUCUGUUGGUUAGUAUGAGCUGAAGCAGAUGGUGUUUAUAGUCUUGAAGCUGCUCAGGUUGCAGUGCAGGCAUCUUUUUAAAACUGUGUAGCAUUGGUCCAGAGUGUUAACCUCUCUGGUUGGGGUCUUUGUAUUUAGGAAGUUCAUAGGUGAGAUAUGUUCUGUUAAAGUCCGAGAGAACUAUGAUAAGAGAGUCUUGAUUUAUGUUCCUCCACGUCUGUUAUUCGGUCAGUCAGCUAAGGGCGGCAGAUCUGUGGAAAUCACGGGUUUCUUAUGGCAAGGAAGAGCAUCUCGCUCCUUUAGUUAGCCAGGGAGCGGAUAUUUGCCAGGUAGAUAUACGAGAGCAGAGCUUGCAGUCCUGUCAGAGCUUGACAAGCAUGCCUGCACAUUUUCCCAGUCUGCUUCUCCCGUACUUCCCACAGAGAGCCGCGGCGCUUCCAACCAGGAUCUCAAAAAAUCUCUGGAUGGGUGGAAACUGGAAAAAAGACUGACUUAUUCUUAGGAGUUGCUGUCUGGUUGGAAAUAUCUCUAGUACAACUGCAAAGUACAGUACAAAUACAGGAAAGAAAAAAAAAAAAAGUACAGAGAUGGCCAUGUAUAGCGCCAUCUUAGAUCUAACUAAUUCCACAAUGCUCUGGGUUGGGUACUUGUUGUGCUUCAAGCUUGUUGAUCUUUUUUUUUUUUUGCUAGAGAUCAUAUUUGAGCUUUUGAGUUGUUCUUGUAAACAACUGUGUCUUUGUUCUGGUGAUACAUUGCAUCAAAGUCCACAAGAAUAUUAUCAACCAGAAAACGUGAUAAAAAAUCCUAAAGAAUAAAAAAACUUGUUAUGUAAUAAGUUGA